CUCUGACAGACCGCGAGGAGGGCACUGCGACCAGUGUCACAGAGCCAGUCACUGUCACCUAAACCGGUCUGACCGACCCACAUCCAUUGAGCGAUGGCGGAUGAGGAACUGGUGAAAAAGAUGGUAAGGGCGGUGCUGCAGUCCAGCAAGAGUGGCGUGUCACUGUCUAACCUGCAGGUAGAGUAUAAAGACCUGACAGGUGAGCUCAUACCUUAUAAACAGUUGGGGUAUGCCACGCUGGAUGCCCUCCUGCACAGCAUGCCUUCAGUCGUGAAACUGGAUAAAGGGCAGUCUCGGGAGGUGGUGUGCCACGCUACCACAGGAAACGAGAUGACCCACAUUACUAAGCUUGCGGCCCGUCAGCGCACAGCGAAGCGGACCGGCCGACCUCAAGUGGUAAACUGUCAAAUGAGAGUCAAACCUGCAGCUCCUCUUGUACUGAACGCAAGGCCAAGGACAUCUUUGAGACAGCCCGACCAUCGUGGACGUCUGGGGCGAGGUGGAGGUCGUGGAGGGGGACAUGGAGACCCCGUUUCUCGCACAGGAAGCAUGAGAGACUCCCAGCCUGAUGGGAAAGGCGGCAGACCCCACAGCACACCCCCAAACACACCCACAAGAAGACCCUCCCUUCCCUCAGAAAGAUCAGAGAAAAGAAUGACCCUUCCCCCCAGAUUCCAAAAAGAAGUCCAUGCCCACCUCUCCCAAAACCAACAGCAGAGCAAUGCCCCUUCUAACCUGAAUGAAAACACAACUCCAGCAAAACCCAAGCUGCCUCAUUCUGCACCUUACAGUCCCAAGCUGGUGCAGUCCCGUCUUAAAGAGGUUCUUAACAAGCACAGCAAUGGCCUCUGGGUAUCCAAGCUGCCUCAGCUGUAUCGAGAGCAUUAUAAACAAGAUCUACCCAAUGAAGCCCUGAAAGACCUGGAACACUGGACGCACAUUUGUACAGUUGAAAAACCAUGCAGUAGCAAACCUCAAGAGAUGCUGCUGUACCCUGCUAAAGAAACUAGCCAGAUUACCCCACAUAGUGCUGCUACACCCCCCACCCAUGACAAAUCCCCAUUUCAUCACAAAAAACCUCAGACUCAAAGAUCAUUUGCCACUUCCAAAUCAAGCACUCCGGCAUCCCCUAAGGAUCUACCACCUGACGUCAAGCAGAAGCUUGGAGAGCUGCUCUUGAAAUACAGCAGUGGCCUGUGGGCCCACGCUCUGCCUAAACUGUAUCAGGACACAUAUAAAUGUAAACUACCGGAAUUUGUGCUGAACCACCUCACCUUGCUUUCAGAUAUUUGCACGAUUGACUACCCCAUGCCGGACAACCCCAAAAGAGCAAUUCUGUAUGCAAAAGUAGUAGAGGACGAGAACCGUAACCAGUCAGGAUUGGCUGGCUCAGAGACGAGAGAAACAGUAGAGCGCCGUUUGAGCAGCCAGACUGUUCCUCCUCUUGUCAUCCCUAGAGAGGAAUACCCUUCUGUCCUGGUGGUGGAAGCAAGUGAUGCAAACAGUGUCAUUCUGAGGUACAUAGGUGAAGGUUACUCCAAGGCGCAGGAAAAGGUAGAAGAUGAAAUGAGAGAGUUCUAUGGGCAAGACAUCAACAAGGUGGCUCUGACCUCACCAUUACCAGGUCAGCUGACUGCUGUACGUGCUGAGGAAGAGGAGGAGAUCCUCCGGGCACAAGUGUGUGAGGUCAUGGCUGACAAGGUCAAGGUGUACUAUGUGGAUCAUGGCUUUUCCGAAGUCAUCAGCAAGAGCAAAUUAUUUGAGUUACAUGAAAAGUUUUAUAGAUUGCCUUUCCAAGCCACCAAAUGCAAACUAGCAGGCCUAGAGUCAUUCAGUCAGGAGCAGGCAGUACUGAAGAGGUUUGAGUCCAUGGCCACUGGCAAGAUCCUAUUGGCUGAGAUUUUAGAGCGUAAGGAAAUGCCUCUGAUGGUCCUGUAUGACACAUCACAAGAUGACGAUAUCAACAUCAAUGCUGCCUGUAUGAAAGCUCUGCAAGACAAAUCCUUAGAGAGUCCCUUAAAGGUGAACAGUGCCUAUAUGAAUGUGAACGUGACCAGCAUUUGCUCAGAUGGAACAAUCUACUGUCAGGUGCCUUCCAGAGGCCUGACUAAACUCAACGGAAUUCUGGAGAAGACUGAAAACUAUUUACAUUCCCAGGUCACAUCAGAGUUGCUGGUUUCACGGCCUUUCUGUGGCAAAAACUGUUUGGCUCGAUAUAAAGGCAAAUGGUCCCGGGUGGAGAUAACAAACUUGCAUGGCAGCCGGGUGCUGGACAUCUUGUUUGUGGAUGUAGGCGUUCAGGCAUCGGUCGAGGUCACCGAGUUGAGAGAGAUUCCACCUCCUUUGCUGCAUGACCUCAUAUCCACCCCAGCUCAGGCACUGAAGUGUUGUCUGGCAGAUCUGCCUGUAAGCGUAGGCUCAUGGACUCCAGAUGCUGUCCAGUGGCUGAGAGACACGGUUCUCCACUGCAGUGACUGCAGCUUGAAGAUAGCUAAAGUGGAUGAGCCCAAACGCCUUGCUCAUGUUUAUCUCUUCACCAGCAAGAACUUCCACGAUCUCCUGCUUCCAAAGAGGCUGGUCAAAGUCCCUGACUCAUAUGGGCCACAUGAUACUGGCUGUAUCUCAGAAAGAACUGAUCUCAAAACAACUCCUUCUUUUCAUUUAGCCACUUUGAGAAGUUCAGGUGUGAUUUUCUUUGUAGGUCUGAAGGUGUUUCUGAUCUUUCCAGGUCUGAAACCCAGGCAGUGGUCUGAGGAGGCCUCCAUUGUGUUCAGGAACCAUGUCGAGAAGAAGCCCCUGGUAGCCCAGCUGGAAUCGGUGCAGGAGGCAUCACAGCCCUGGGACCGUAAGGUGAUUAUCUACUUGGUGGACACUUCACAAGAGGAACGGGACAUUUGGCUUCAUGACAUUAUGGCUGAAUUCACUGAUGAGAUGUCCAACGCAGCAUAGACACCCUAGUUAAAUAUUUUUGGAAGGUUCUCAGAAGGUUGUUCAUUAGUAUGCUACAGAUUAGGGAUGCACCGAAAUUUUGGCCGCCGAAAAUUAUCGUCUGAAAAUGCCAUUUUUGGUUUUUGGCCGAAAGAGAAAAACGUCUGAAAAUAUAUGGCGCGCCGCACUGCCUAGCAGUGUUCAGCGCACAGGUUUCACUCUCCCUCUAGCUGACGCUCUGCUCAAUAUUCCACUCUAUGAAUGUGCGUUCCGUUGAGUUGCUCACGGCCCGUGCGACGCUCCACUCAUGUACGCUCAUGCUCACCGGAAAAGCAAAAUCCGCUCAAAUAGCACGCCGACAGUAAAUUUCUACGUAGUAUACUUGUUUCUGUUUGCAGUAGCACUACUGUGCUGUAACAUGGUGUAGUAGGACUAUUUUUAUUUUUAUCUUUUUAUAUAACGCUUUAUUUAGUGACAAAUCACAUCAUGCAAAGUAACAAUAACAUCAGGAAAUCAAUAAAAAAAAGGUUAUAAUUAUAAUACAAAAAAUAUAUACAGAGGGGUAUUGAAAGCAAAUCCAUAUCUCUAUGGUGUCAUAGGCCUAUGUACUGGGCAACGCUGGUAAAAUGACGCUAACCUCUCCUGACGCUAU